CGAAAUCAUUCUGAAAUCGUUUUCGAUCCAAGCAACAUAAAUUCAGUCUUCAUUUCUAAUUUAUUCUCAGAAAAGAAAAUAUUCAAGAAUGUGCCAGCAAGUACAAGCCAAAAUUAACUCAAACAAUAACAACAAGAUGAAGCCAAGCUACAGUAUUAAAAAAGUUUUGAAGACACUCUUCAAGAAACAACAGAAAAAACUUUCAAACUCUCUUGAAUCAUUAGAGUCGCUUCAAAAUCAACGGAACUACGAAAUAGAGCAACAUUUCUAUGAAGAAAUUGUUGACAAUACCGUAAAUGAAAAGUUAGCCGAUUUAGCAGUUGCCGAAGAACAAGACAUCUAUGUGCCUGUACGUUUUGCACGCACCGAUGCCGGUACUUUCUUCUGGACCACCAAUUUGCUGCCAGUUACCAGUACAAUUAUACCAGCCGCUGAUGAAGAUUUGUUGCAGCCAGCUUUCUGCUAUAGUAACUGUCAAUUUCCGCAUAUGCAGUUUCAGGAUCGUUGGGCACAAGCUUGAUUUGAUACCAGUAAAGAAGCCCGCCUUCCUCGCUUUAGACAUUGAGAGAAAAACUAAAUAUAAAGAAGCUUUAAUAUGUUCAACGAUUGUGAUACUUUCAUGUAGCAGCAUAAACUGCAGCAGAUGGGGUGAUUUCUGACAUUUAAAUCAUCGUUCUUCCACUAGUUUUAAGGAACUUAUACAAUUUUUAAUAGUUUUUAAGUGAAUUGUGAUAAGAAAAAAGCUUUAAUAAUAAAAAAAAAUUAUAGAAAAUCUUACAUAUUGACUUUU